CCUGGUUCCGUCUAAACAAAGACCUGCCCCCUUUUUUUCUCUAUGAGGUUUUCUCCGCCGCCCAUCGUUACUUUUACGUGUAAUCACGAUUACUAAAUCGGAUUACGACACUUCGAUUGCGUUUCAAGUGCUUUUGGCACUCACACGCGGGUUCCCAAAUGGACGCGGAGUUCAAUGAAGGCUGCGGCGAGACCAAGUCGGCCAUCCAUUCUUGGCGUUAUCGCCACCAUUUCACCUACAAGGCAGAUCAAGGAAAAAAUAUCAUCGUGCAAUGUAAUCUGUGCCUUCCCAGGGUAAACCUACUGUCCACGUCCAAGACGUCCACGUCCAAUCUAAAGAAGCACUUGGACAGAACACAUCUCGGAUGCGAUGCCAGGCCCGAUGCCAAGCGCGGGAGGAAGAAGGAGGACUACAACGGCGAGGAAAGCAGCUACUGUCAACUGAAGAAGAUCAAAGCGGAGAUCCUCUCCAAAUGCACGACGCAAGAAAAGAUCGACGACCUCGUCUUCCGAUUUAUCGUGGAGGACUGUCAGCCCUUUCAUGUACUGGAGCAGCCCGGCUUCAACAAGCUGAUUGCAGGCUUGACCAAGGGUCUCCACCCCAUGGACAGGGUGACCCUCUUUGCCAAGGUGGACCACAGUUUUUUGAGGAUGCGCGAGGAGCUGACGACCAAGCUGGCCAGCGUGCAGUACGUGUGCACCACGGCCGACGUGUGGAGCGCCGGUGGUGGCAGCUUCUUCGGCGUGACUUGCCACUGGAUUGACGGUGACUCGCUGGAGCGCAAGUCAGCGGCUCUGGGCUUCGCCAGGAUGCAGGGCCGGCUCACGUACGACUCGGUGGCCGGUAGGAUCCGCGACGUGCACGCAGCGUACGGCAUCGAGAGCAAAGUCCAGACCACCGUCACCGACAACGCCAGCCCCUUUGUCGCCGUCUUCAAAGAGUUUGCCCCGGACGGCACCGAUGUCAAUGACGACGUCGGCGUUCACGAGGACGUGGGUGCCGUGCUGGAGGGCGAGCCGGAACAGGACAUGCUCCUGUUCCUGCCCACCAUCCAGCGGUGUGCCUCGCACACCUUGGAGCGGAUCGUCGCCGAGGACUUCUGGCGGGCUGUGUCGCAGGGACCUAUGUGCCAGCUGUAUUAUAGCACCAUGUCCAAGGUCUUCUCCAUUUGGAGCAAGUGCCACCACCUGCAGGUGGGCAUGGACGCGGCCGAGGCCAUCCGCAAAAUGGCCCUGCUGGUCCCGGCCGUCAUUCGCUGGAACGUGGAGUACUGCGCCCUGCAGAAGAUCGUCUCGCUCACGGAACGGGAGCUGACAGAGCUCUCGGCCCGCCUGGACGUGGCGCGCCUGCAGCCCGAGGAGAUGGACUUCCUCCGAGAAUACGUGGCCGUCUUCCACCCGCUGGCGUUCGCGCUGGAGCUUUUCCAGGCCGAGCAGAAGUGCUACCUGGGCCUGGUCAUCCCCACGGUCCUCAGUCUGAAGAACAAGCUGAACGAGCACAAGGAUUCCGCCAAGUACUUUGGCGACGUCAUCGUCUCGGUGGCAAGCGCCAUCGACACGCGCUUCCGUGAGUUGUUUGCCAGCGACGAGGCCAAGUUGGCCACGGCCACCACGCCCCAGUUCCGCCUGUGGUGGCUGCCCGACUCCGAACGGGAGGAGAUGUGCUCCCUGCUGGCCGGCGAGGCCUCUCAAGUGGACCCGUGCGACGUGAUCGAGGUGGGCGCUACCCGCAACGUCUCCACCAUCAAAUCCGAGGACGACUUCUUCAGCUACGGCUCGCCCAAGCUGACAGCUCACAUCCAGGAGCGCGGCGUCGCCGAGGAGAUCCGCAAGUACGUGGAGGGCACAGGCAAGAGCCUGGAGUCCUUGCAGGACUUCCCCAGGGUCAGGCAGCUGUUCCUCAAGUACAACACCACCUUGCCGUCCACGGCGCCCAUCCAGAGGCUCUUCAGCCAGAAAGGGAACUUGGCCGCCUCGCACAGAAACUUCCUGACCGACGAAUACUUUGAACGCAUUCAGCUGCUGCGAUACAACAUCAACGUGUGCUCCGUGCUCAACAGCUGAGCUCACCUCGGGCAGCGUUCCAGACCGAGCUGCGUCUCGACGCAUGCCGCAAUUCCUCACGUGGUGCCCGUUGAUCUCCUCCAAUGCUGUCGCUCUUGGGAGGCCUUUGCGCCGUUUUGGGGGCUGCGGCUCAUUAUUGUGUCAAUAAUGAAUUUGGCAAUUAUUUGUUCCAUUAAUCUACAAACAUAUCAUUUCCAUCCCUUUAUUCAAAAACGCGACAUUUUAUUUUCUUCAAAUGGAGUUAGUGCCGAAAAUGUCCAAACGUAAACGAGGCCUUUUUUAAUCAUCAGCCCUUCGCUUCAUGUGUACGGAACGAUUCGAUUGACAAUCGCCCGAACAGUGACUACGCUGCAAUAGAACUAUGAUUUCACGAGGUCGGUUUCCGGUGCAAUGUUGGUCAUUCAUGUUUUUUCUACAGCUGUUGAAUGAGAACAUCAUGUAUGUUUUAUAAAAUACUGUACUAUGAGAUGAAAAAGCAGUGUAGUGGAAUUUCUAUUUUUUUGCUCAUCUUUUAGAACUAAGACGUUUCAGUCAUUA